AAAUAAAAUAGCCUUAAAGCCCAUUUACAUCAGACGAGCCCAAUAAGGCCCAUUUAACUUGCGCUUACGACUCCACUCGGUGUUCUCCGACAAUCGCGAACAAUUUUUCCAACAUUUGAGAGAGACGAUGACGGCGAAGCUUCAGCAAUGGCGGAAUCUCUCAGCCCCUCUGGAUCAGAUCUCCCGAAAUGCGGUCAUAUCGCUGCGUCGCUUCCUCCACGAAGGCCCAGACACAGUGGAGGAGCUCCUGGAUCGGCAUCUAAAGAAGGGAGAGAAGAAACCUCUCAUUGACGACGAUGAGGCCGAGCUCCUGAACCAGCGGCGUCUGAUGAGCACGCGCCGGGAGGCACUGGCUCUGUACCGAGACAUCCUCCGGGCGACUCGGUUCUUCGCGUGGACGGACUCUCGGGGCGCCCUCUGGAGGGACGUGUUGAGGGAGAACGCGAGGAAGGAGUUCGAGUCGGCGAGGUUCGAGACCGAUCCCGAGAUCGUGACUCGGCUUCUGAUCGGUGGUCGAGACGCGGUGUCGUCAGCGAUCGAGAAGCUUGCGGAGAAGCAGAGAGAGUUGGUCGAGAAGGAGCGUGGCGGAGGAGGCGGUCCAACGUGAGCGGAUCGAACAUCCAAUUUCUGGUGGUGAAGGGUUCCUGCGGAUUGUUGUUUUUGGUGACAGGUAAAAUCUCAGCGAAAAACUACGGCAACAUGAACAGGUCAGGCAUGGGAUUCUGUAAGUCAUAUCCAGGCAAAGUGAUGAUACACAUACACAGAACAGAAUUAUUCAAAAAAUUAAAGCGUAUUUGAUUCCGAUUUCCAAUCAUUUGGAUGAUAAAAUUCUGGUAUUUGAUUUGGGCAUUUUGCGGAUUUCGUAUAGUCAAAGAGCUGUCAAGUUUUUUUUUUUGUUAAACAUAAAAAUAACCAUCGGUUCGAGCGAACCGGAAAGGGUUCGGACCGAACGGAUUGUCUAUAAAAAUAAAGAACAAAAUCAAACGGACGACGUUCGGUCGAACCAAGUUUGGUUCGGUCCGGACGGUUUUUCUGUGGCCUUCUUCCCUACGCCAGGCGUUUAGACGAAACUGAAGGCUGUUUGGUCUGAAACCAUCUUGUGUAAUUUUGUUUUCCAUUUGAAGACACGUCCAAGGCUCUUUUUUUUUAAUGUUUAUAUAGAUUGAUAUUUUAUUA